GGGCGUGUCCCAGCGUUCUAUGGUAGGCGCGCGGCUUCCCGCGCCGCGCCGCGCCCGGGGCAGGCUACGUUGGACCCAGCAGGCAGAUGGCAAACUCAGCGUCAGGCAGUGGGGGCCUCCCCAGCACAGAGCUCUGGACCUCUCAUAACAGGAUGCUAGUGGAGCCACUCGACAGCAACGACCCAGAGGUGUACGGCAUCAUCAAGAAGGAGAAGCAGCGCCAGAAGCUGGGGCUGGAGUUAAUCGCCUCAGAAAACUUUGCAAGCCGAGCGGUCCUGGAAGCCCUGGGAUCCUGCAUGAACAACAAGUACUCUGAGGGUUACCCUGGACAGAGGUACUACGGCGGGACAGAGUUUGUAGAUGAGCUGGAAAGGCUAUGUCAGAAGAGAGCCCUGGAAGCGUACCAGCUGGACCCCCAGAAGUGGGGAGUCAACGUCCAGCCAUACUCAGGGUCGCCCGCUAACUUUGCGGUGUACACAGCCCUGGUGGAGCCCCAUGGUAGGAUCAUGGGGCUGGAUCUGCCCGAUGGGGGCCAUCUCACCCACGGCUUCAUGACUGACAAGAAGAAGAUCUCUGCUACCUCCGUCUUCUUUGAGUCCAUGCCCUAUAAGGUCAACCCUAAGACUGGUUACAUUGAUUACGAUCGACUAGAGGAAAACGCCCGCCUGUUUCACCCCAAGCUGAUCAUAGCAGGCGUCAGCUGCUACUCACGCAACCUGGACUACGCCCGCAUGCGGAAGAUCGCCGAUGCCAACGGGGCCUAUCUCAUGGCUGACAUGGCCCACAUCAGCGGGCUUGUGGCUGCCGGUGUGGUGCCCUCCCCCUUCGACCACUGCGACAUCGUCUCCACCACCACCCACAAGACUUUGCGGGGCUGCAGAGCCGGCAUGAUCUUCUACCGCAAAGGCACCCGCAGUGUGGACCCCAAGACAGGCAAGGAAACGCUCUACAACCUGGAGAGCCUCAUCAACCAGGCAGUCUUCCCCGGGCUGCAGGGAGGGCCGCACAACCACGCCAUCGCAGGGAUCGCCGUGACGCUACGGCAAGCCAUGACACCCGAGUUCAAGGCCUACCAGCAGCAGGUGGUCGCGAACUGCAAGGCGCUCUCGGCAGCUCUGAUGGAGCUGGGCUACGACAUCGUCACAGGGGGCUCUGACAACCACCUGAUUCUCCUGGACCUGCGUAGCAGAGGCACAGAUGGUGGCCGGGCCGAGCGGGUGCUGGAGAUCUGCUCCAUCGCCUGCAACAAGAACACUUGUCCUGGAGAUGUCAGCGCCCUGCGCCCCAGCGGCCUGCGGUUUGGGACGCCGGCUCUGACCUCCCGGGGCUUCCGGCAGGAUGACUUUCGCCAGGUGGCUCGUUACAUCCACAGAGGGAUCGAGCUGACGCUGCGCAUACAGAACGACAUGAGCCCCAAGGCCACCCUGAAGGAAUUCAAGGAGAAACUGAACGAGGAGAAAUACCGGGGGGACCUCAAGGCGCUCAAGGAGGAGGUGGAGGCCUUCGCGGCAACCUUCCCACUCCCGGGCUUGCCUGUCCUGUAGAGGGAGGCAGCAGGGCCCGGUCCCAGAGCCAGGACACCUGAGCUUGCACUUGUCCAAAUCCCCAGUCCCCUGCCCAGGCUCUCCCAGCGGGCAAUUCCCACUGUCACCUCCCUGCUGGCACUGGUUUCUGUGCAGCUGCUGGUCCUAGUCUGGCUCUUACUCACCUCUCCCCUCACAUUAGGGACCCAGGAUCCCCCCCCAGAGCCCAGCCCCCCGGGGGGGAAUGCCAGCCCUUUAACCACUAACAACUGGGAUAAUGUGGCUUCUGUUACGGGACUGAGCAGGUAACCCUCACCUUACAGCCAGGCUCGGGUUUGAUCCUGCUCUCACCCUCUGCGAGGGCAGCACAUGUGGUUACACAGGUCUACGGGGUGCGGUGGCGUUCAUGGGGACACCCCUGUCCGCAGCGGCCCGUGAGGGCCGCCCGGGUUCGCCUCCCGCGGGAGCCGUUCGCCCUGGGGCCACGUGCACUCUGUGCGACUGCACAAGCGGCUUCUCAGCCUUAAAAAGCCUCGACAGCUUCAGCCACGAAGACUCGGCGGCCCUGCCUCGGUGCUUUGCAGGCGCCACACACUUUUACAAGGUCAAGCCCCGUUAGGGGGAGAAGUCUCUGGUGCUUUGGCCUGAAUCCGCACACCAGCCCUCCCCAGGGAUCAGUCUUCCAACUCCAUCAUUAGCCCAUAUCUCCAGUCUCUUUUCAGGCAUCUGAAGCACAAAGUUUAAGUAGAAUCAUUUUUUAAUAAGCACAGUAAAAUUAAGAAUUUAACCACAAUGUAUGACAAGAAUUAUAAGCUUUAAAAAAUACAACCAAUUUUUUGUAUUUCAAAAAUAUCUGAACCCAAAUAAAUAAUUUUUUUAAAAGUA